GGAAAUUCGACCCUCCUGCAUUGUGGCUCCUCUUGCUGAGGCGACCAAAUGGCUAACCAUAAAUGGUUCAUAAUGUUGCAAGACCCGUUUGCCGUGAGAUAAUAUCGAUUAUAUUAACAAAACACAUGAAAAUAGUGUGCAGUGUGUAAACGGAUUGUAGUGGGCUACAGUUUUGCUACGAGGAGGUUCGUUUUGUUUCGUUUGCAGCGUCGUGUUCCGAAGGAACUAGCCUACUAGAUAGCCAACAAGCUAACUAAUUAAUCAGCCUGUUCGGUCAAACGGCAUUUGCAGGCGCUAGCUUUUCAUCAAGCUAGCAAACCUGACCGAUUUUCUUACUGCAGCUAACGUUAAGUUACCUGUGAGGCUAACGUAAACUGCGUGGUUUGCCGUGUGAGUCUGCGGUCUAAGCAGGACUGCGACACGUGACAGCGGCGAUGUCCAAGCCCCCGAACUCCCCCUCGCGCUCGCGCUCCAGGUCGGCAUCCCGCUCCAGGUCCCGGUCGUACUCGCGGUCCCGGUCCAGAAGCCGCUCCCGUUCCAGGAAGCACCGGUACAGCUCCAGGUCUCGGUCCCGAUCCAGGUCUCAUUCUCCGUCCCACGGCCGUGAGCGCAACUACCCCAGUCGUGACUACCAGAACAACCGCGGAGGCUACCGGGGCUACAACCGGGGCUUCCGCCGGCCUUUCUACCCCAGGGGUCGAGGUCGCGGCUUCUACCCCCGGCGCUUCCAGCGCGGCGGCGGCAACUACGGCUACCGCAACAACAACUGGCAGGGCGACUACAAGAACCGCGACCACCAGGGCCAGCACGACUCGUACCGCGACCACAGCCCUCGCCGCGGCCGAUCCCGAUCCCGCACGCGGUCGCCCCGCCGCCGCUCGGCCAGCCGCUCGCGGUCCCGCGGCUCCUACCGCUCGUCGUCGGGACACUCGCGCCACUCCAGCUCCUCGUCCCGCUCCUCGCGCUCCCCGCGUCGCCGCGCCGACAAGCGCGCCUCCCGCGACAGCAAGCGUCAGCAGCAGCAACAGCAACAGCAGCAGCAGCAGCAGCAGCAGCAGGAAGAGCGGCGCUCCGGCUCCAGGGCCAGCAAAGAUGAGGGAGCAGGAGGAGCGGGAGCGUCGUCAGCCGCAGGAGCGUCCUCCCUGCCCAAUGAACCCCCCGGCGGAGGCAACAGCAGCUCGCUGGACCGCAGCAAGUGGAAGGGCCUGACCGAGUACGAGACCAGCCCCAAGCUGACCGGCACCGGGACCAGGCCCGGAGGCCAGGGGCCAGCCUCGGCCGGUUCCGACCAGAAGAACCCCACUGGGCUGUGGAGGACCAUCGGCCAGACCAAUCCGCCUGACCAGAGCCCUACCAAAUCGUCCGCCACCUCUGGGGGUGCGUCAUCGGCCACCACCGGCUUCGGUUUCUUCUCCAAAGGAGAGCGUCCAGGAGAGAAGAACCCAAUCUCAACGGCUUUCAAGAAGUUUUUAGCAGAGCAAGGCAAAAAAACAGAGGACCGUGAGAACGGGCGCGAAGGUGAGCCCGGGUCCGCCUCGGCCGACGCAGAGAGCGGAGGCGCCAAAGCCUCGUACGACCCGAGCCCGGGCUACAGCGGCACCAAGUCCGACAAGAGCCUGCCCUUCCUGGACGAGGACUUGGACCUGGACUUCAGCCAGGAGCGGAAGAGCGAGGUCAAGCCGCCGCCGUCGUCCCUGACGGCCCGCGACCUCGCCGAGGAGCGCUUCGGCAAGUGGGACGACUCCGACUACCCCUCCACCAACAAGGAGCCGCCCGAGGACGUGGAGGAGGAGCUCCAGCACAUGGAGGAGGAGCUGUACCUCAGCCGCAAGCAGGCCCGCGGCAAGGAGGAGCGCAGCGCCAAGAAGAAGGAGAAGAAGAAGAACCGCGUGAGCCCCACCUCCCCGACGCCGGCCUCCCGGGGCGCCCCUGCCGCCGCCGCCGCCGCCGAGGGCCGCACGCGUCCACUAUUCCCCGUAGGGAGAGACGACUCGCCCCCGUCCAGAACGGCAGGAAAGAGGGACGAGGACUUUACUAACUUUACCAUCAAACCAUACCAGGACGAGGGAGAGGGUGGCAGCACGUCCGGCUCGAUGGCUAAAGAGCGCCGUUUGUCUCGCGACCUGGUCCACCCGAGUAAGAAAGACCAGGAGUUCCGCUCCAUCUUCCAGCACAUUCAGGCCGCACAGCUGCGCCGGAGUCCCUCUGAGCUCUACGCUCAGCACAUAGUCACCAUCGUACACCACAUCAAAGCGCAACACUUCCGCUCGUCAGGAAUGACUCUAAACGAGCGCUUUGCCAUGUACCAAAGACGGGCCACUGAGAUGGAAAUGAUGAAGCCAAAGAAAAGCCCAGAGAUCCACAGGAGAAUUGAUGUGUCUCCCAGUGCUUUUAAGAGGCACGCUCACCUGUUUGAGGAUUUCGAGGAGAGCAGCUACAAGGAGGGUAAAAAAUAUGAGGGCGACCUGCGUCUGGACAUAGAGAGGCGUAAAAAGUACCCCACUAAGGACCGCGAGCACAAGCGGGAUGGGGGCAAGGGUUCAGGGGGCUCCCGGGGUCCCAGCAGGGAGCGCUCCGCCGAAAAAUCCUCCAAACACCACAAAAAGUCCAAGAAGAGCAAGAAAAAGCGAGAGAGGUCUCCCUCCUCAUCCUCCUCCUCUUCCUCCCCCUCCCCCUCCUUCAGGGGUAAGGAGUACAUGGGAGAGGAGAUGGAGCAUAUGGAGGAAGGGGGGUACGGCAAGGUGCGCAUGGGGGGCCCCCGAGAAUACCCUAUGGACCGCGGUCCCCGUGACUACGAGGGCCACGGCGACAGGGGUCGCGGUGGGUACGGACGCGGCCGAGGAGGUUACGACGGCGGUCGCGGGGGAUUUCAACCAAGGAUAAGAGGCCGAGGAUGGGGAAGGGGUAAUUACCCUGGCAACAAUAACAAUGGCAACCCGCAGCAGAUGGGUGGGCCGCCGGUGCGUCCCCCUGAGGAGGAGUGGGACCCGGAGUACACCCCCAAGAGCAGGAAGUACUACCUGCAUGAUGACCGUGACGGGGAGAAUAAGUGGGUGGACAUGCGAGGACGUGGGCGUGGUGGUCCCUACCCCCGGGGUCGGGGGUUUGUGUUCCGUAAGGGUGCCGGAGGCGGUGGCAGCCCCAAGUGGACCCACGACAUGUUCCAGGGGUCGGAAGAGGGCGAGCUGGGCGACAGCAACGGUUCUGACGUCAACCACAAGGAAGAGGAUAAAACCGGAGAUGCCACCAUGUCAAAGAUGUAACUCCGACAUGACAUGCUGUCCACCACAGUCCCCCAGUCCCUUACUAUCUCUACUUCCCCAACCCCCUCUUUUUUUUGGAGUUUUCUGAGUUUUAAGAUUGUUGUAUUUUUUUUUUUGUGUGUGUUCUUUUGUUUUGUUGUAUUUUUUUUUUUACUUCUAAAUGUGUAGCCAUUGCAGCACAAAUAGACUCGCAUGUGAUUCAGCCGAUGUAGUUAACGCAUCAGAAGAAUGUAACUGUUCUGUGGACUAUAGUGCCACUGACUGUGGAAAUUUUAAUGGAGGGAGGGUUAUUAUUGGUUUAAAUUUAGAGCAAAAGACCUUGUAACUUCUUCGCCUUUUAUCAGAGAUUUUUGCUGUUGUCGUUUAGAUUUAUGCAAUACUUGGUAUGUUUUCUCUUUUUCUUUUUCUCAGCUGUUUGAAAAGCUAUGGAUCAUAAUGAACAGUUGUAUUUUGAUACAGCUUAUGAUUGACAAAUAUUAAUUCAAAACAUUUUUGUUUCUUUUAUCAUUUAAAGCACACUCACUGUUUUUGUUUCGUGUUUUCUAAGUAGGCAGAGGGGAUAAAGUAUCUGUGCCUUAGAGAUGACAACCAUACAUGCUGUACGUAUCAGUUUUGUAUACGUACCUCUACUAAUGUAUUUCUUAAAAGUUAUUUUGAUAGUGUUUUCUUUUUUGUUUGUUUGUUUGUUUGUUUGGGAAUAUGUGUCGUCUGGGGGUGUGGCCAAUUUUAGCCCUGCCCCUUCUGCUCUGGGACCAAUACACUGUGAGCUGCCUGAAGGAGCUCCACCCCUUGUCAGUGUCAUUCAAACAAACCCCCCAUUAAACUGUACAGGUUAAUCUUGUGUUCAUUCGUAAUGAUAUCCACAGUCUUUUUAUGUUCAUAAUUACAUUGAAUUAAUGCUGUUAUUUUUAGUCUGUGUGAAACACUCUCAGCAGUGAAAACUAACUGAAUAUUGAAGAACGCAUAGUGUGGAGUGACUAUGACCUGUCAUUAUAUAUAUCUAUCUAUAUAUUUUUUUUUCUCUUUUUUUUCAGUUACAAAAAUAAUCCUGUGAUCCCAGUCAUAUUAUUACAGAUAAUAUACCCUCCAAGUGUAUAUAGUUUAUUUACAUAAACGACAUCAAACAUUGAUAUAGAUGCUUGUAUUACAGAGUUAUUGUGGCCUUUGUAUGAAUAGUGUUGAAAGUGAACAGUGGGCCUAUGCAGUUUUGUCUGUUAUAGUUCAAAGAAAUGUCAAAUAAGAGCUUGAGCUUUUUCUUGCCCCCAUGACCCCCCCACCCAACCCCAACUCAAGAGACGUUGAUGUGAAGGGAAACGGGGCGCACAGACUUGUGCCCCCCCAUGUGCAAAACAGAUCUUGUUGUGUGUUAUUGGGCCGUCUCCACUGGUCAUGCUUUUGUGUUAGCUACUGUACUCUACCUUCUGUAGAACUGUGACUCGCAUUUCUUUUCCCCUUUUGCAUAUCUAUUGAUUUAUAGCUAUGUGAAUGAACCUCCUUUCCCCUGGUGCUUGUAGAAACGUCCCUCCAGUGAUUUAUUUUUUCUCUUUUUUUUUUUUUUUUU